UAUUUACCGCGACACAUAUCCUGACAGCUGAUUUGAAGACGUGUACUUUCUCUCUAAGCGGAUCCCGUUAUCUUUUCGGGUUUCUAUCUUUUCCACCUUUUAUAUUUCUCGCUCAGUUUGUGUGUCGACAUCUUUUACGAUCCGAUGUCGACGAUGGAGGAGCUGAAGCUGCGCGUGAGGGAGUUAGAGAACGAGCUGAUUAAGUGUAAACAGAAACAGGAAGCUCAGAACCAAGAACUCCACAGACCCAAGAUCGACAAGAUGAGUUCUGAAGUGGUCGAUUCCAACCCGUACAGUCGACUGAUGGCUCUAAAGAGAAUGGGCAUCGUGGACGAUUAUGAGAGAAUCCGGACGUUUACAGUGGCUGUGGUCGGCGUUGGAGGAGUUGGCAGUGUGACCGCUGAAAUGCUCACUAGAUGUGGCAUUGGUAAGCUGCUCCUCUUCGACUACGAUAAAGUCGAGCUGGCCAACAUGAACCGGCUGUUCUUCCAGCCUCACCAGGCGGGCCUCAGUAAAGUUGAAGCUGCAGAGCACACGCUCAGAAACAUCAACCCAGAUGUUUCAUUUGAGACUCACAACUACAACAUCACCACCAUGGACAACUUCACACACUUCAUGGACCGAGUCAGUCAUGGAGGUCUAGAAGAAGGGACGCCGGUGGAUUUACUCCUGAGCUGUGUGGACAACUUUGAGGCCAGGAUGGCGAUUAACACGGCUUGUAAUGAACUGGGUCAGACCUGGAUGGAGUCUGGUGUCAGUGAGAACGCUGUUUCAGGACACAUCCAGCUCAUCAUUCCUGGAGAGACGGCUUGUUUCGCCUGUGCUCCUCCUCUAGUGGUGGCGGCUAACAUCGAUGAAAAAACCCUGAAAAAGGACGGUGUGUGUGCGGCCAGCUUACCGACAACAAUGGGCGUGGUCGCGGGCCUCCUGGUGCAAAAUGUCCUCAAGUACUUGUUAAAGUUUGGCACAGUCAGUUAUUAUCUGGGCUACAACGCCAUGCAGGACUUCUUUCCCAGCAUGGCGAUGAAAGCGAACCCCCAAUGCAACGACCGCUACUGCCGGAGACAACAGGAGGAAUACAAGAAGAAAGAAGCAGAACGGCCAAAAGUUGAAGUUGUAGAAGAAGAAGAGGAGGAAGUGGUACACGAGGACAACGAGUGGGGUAUUGAAGUCGUAUCAGAGGUGACUGACGCAGAGCUACAGGCUGCAACGGGCGCCGUGCCAGACCUCCCAGAGGGCAUCACUGUCGCUUACACAAUUCCAGCUGAGAGCGCAGCGAGCGGCGACACCGUGGGGGAGACUGAACAAAGCCUGGAGGAGUUGAUGGCUCAGAUGAGGAAGUUGUAGCCUGCAGCUGCUGCCUGCUUUUUUGUUUUCUCUUUCUUUGAUAACAAGCAUACUUAGAAACAUCCAACAAACUACUAUGGAAAUCUUCUAACAGCUGAAAACUGGAAAUGCAUGAAAAAUGCUGCGAAUGGCGUUUCACUACAAAAAAAAAUGCAGAAGAGUGAGACUGUGUAAUAUGCUAAAAAACAGGUAAUUUGUUCGGACUUUGAUUUGGUUCGGAGUCUAAUCAAAUGUCUUAAAACAUAGAAUAAUCUCUCUGUUAGUGCAUUAUCAUGUAUCACUCACUGCGUGUAUUUUCUAUGGCUUCGAUCAGUGGAUGUGAGUCCUCGCUGUCGUUCACUCAGCUUUAAGUCAAAACCCGCUGCAACUACAGAUGAACAAUGUUUACCACCACGUCUCAAUAAAGUAUUUAUUAGAUGGAAUACAA